ACACCCUUCCCUGGGCUGUCCCAGCAGAACUUUUCCAAACAUUUUGCCCCAGGACAUUGACUCUCUCCAGGAUGAAGCCUACCAUUUGCCUUCUUCUCAUCCUCAUCCCCCUUCUCCAGCUGAUUAUCCCAGGGAGUACUGAGUGUUCCUUAGAAGCCACUGUAGAAAAAAAGAUCAAGGAAAUUCUCAACAGUCCAGAGUAUAAGCCCCCUGCUGUGGCAAAGAAGAUCUCAUGCACCAGUGUCACCCGAUCGGGUAAAUUUGCCUCCUGUCCUAAUGGGAUGUCUGUCACCGGCUGUGCUUGUGGCUAUGGCUGUGGUUCAUGGGAUGUCCAGAGGGGAACCAUGUGCCACUGCCAGUGCAGUGGGAUGGACUGGACCACGGCCCGCUGCUGCUGGGUGGCCUGAGAGGGGGCAAGAAUCUAACUUCAUGAUCAUGACAACAGUGAAACUAUGAUCCCAACCAGAAAACGUGUCUCAAUCAGUCCCCUGUAUUUGUUUCAACCCUGCCUCUUGAGUAAUAAAGACUAA